AUUUCUCUCUCAGGGAAAUUCCCAUUGAAUACUAUAAAAAGCCAUCCAAAUCCUCUCCCUAAGCAUUGCCUACCCAGCAAAGAGGGCAAGCAAGAUGAUGACCAAAGGCUUAGCUCUCUUGCUAGCCUUCCUGCAUCUGCAGACCACCUCCAUCACUGGGCAGCUGCACCCUGAGCUGUAUUCCAAUUUCAAUGGCUCUGUGGAUGACCGUGGAAUCUGCACAUGCUCUGUGGUCCUGCCAGACACAUCCUUUCCUGUUCAGAAGGUGGAAAGCUUGGAAAUCACAGCUCAUGAUCUCACACAGAGAUUUGAGAAAGAACUGACUAAAGUGAAGGAAUAUACUAAAACAAUGCAGUUAUUUGAACAGAAGCUCCUAAACCUAAGCAUCAAAGUUCAAGUCAUGGAAGAGACCAGCAUUUCUUACAAUAAACUGGACUUUGAAUUGCUUAAAUUAGAAGUGAGUGAGAUGCAAAAACUGGUCACAGCAUUGAAAUCCAAUUUUGAUGGAAGCAGUGUCAUUAUUGACCAACUGGAGCUGGAGAUCAGGAAUAUGACUCUCCUGGUAGAGGAGUUGGAGUCACUAGACAAAAACAAUAUCCUUGCAAUCCGUCGGGAAAUUGUGGCCCUGAAGAAUAGACUGAAGGAGUGUGAAGAAUCUAGAGGUCAAAACAAUACACAUCCCUUUAUCCCACCUGGAAGCUGUGGUCAUGGCGGUGUGGAGAAUAUCAGCAAACCUAUCGUUGUUCGCCUCAAUUGGAGAGGGUCCGGUUAUAAGUAUGGAGCCUGGGGAAGAGAUUAUACUCCGCAGGAACCAGCGAAAACACUGUACUGGGAAGCCCCCCUGAACACAGAUGGGAGGUACCUAGAGUAUUACCGACUUUACAACACUUUGGAUGACUUGCUGCUCUACAGAUUAGCCAAAGAAAAUCGAGUUCGACUUGGAGAUGGCAGUGGCAUGGUCGUUUACAAUAACUUUAUGUAUUUCAACUACUAUGGUACACGUGAUAUGGCUAAACUUGACUUAAACAGCAAUACUGUUACUUUGAGACGGGCUCUUCCUGAUGCUGCCUUUAACAACCGCUUUUCCUAUGCUGGUGUCAAUUGGCAAGACAUGGACUUUGCUGUGGAUGAAAGUGGACUGUGGGUUGUCUAUUCGACUGAAGCCAGCACCGGUAACAUUGUGAUUAGCAAAAUCAAUGACACUUCCCUUGAGGUGCUAAACACUUGGCAUACGUUGCAGUAUAAGCCAUCUGUCUCCAAUACCUUCAUUGUAUGUGGGGUUCUAUAUGCCAUUAGACCAAUGAACACCAGAAAGGAAGAGAUUUUUUACUACUAUGACACAAACACUAGGAAAGAGGGCAGAAUAAGCAUCAUUAUAGAGAAAAUGCUGGAGACAAUACAGAGCGUCAACUACCAUCCCCUUGAUCAAAAACUCUAUGUCUAUAAUGAUGCUUACCUCUUGACUUAUGAUCUUACCUAUCAGAAAGAAUCAGAGCAUCCUUGAUGGGUAGGAUGGAAAAAGAUCAGUGGAGCUUUUCUUUAAAAAAGUUAGAUUCUACCAUAUCGCUGUGACCAGUUCACUUAAGAAGUCUCUAGAAUAGUCCAGGUUGAAUUUGCUUAAUAAUAAUUGGUUCACUUUUUUAUAUAUUUAGAGAUUGUUGGCAUUUGAAACAGCAGAUUUCCAAUGAAUCUUAUUCUACCUAAUUCAGUUAAACAUUUAUUGAGUACCUACUGGGUAUCAAACUACUGCACUGGAUGCUGGAGAUAAAAAAGUCAAAAAACAGUAGUCCUUGUGCAAGGAGCUUAUGUCCCAUUGAGAAGAUUUUGAUACAUACAUAGAUAAGUAAAAAGAAAGUAUUUACACAAGAUAAACAGCAAUAUUUUCAAGAAAUAGCGAACACCAACAAUUGGGGAAUUUGUAAAGGUCUCAUACAUAGAUAAGUAAAAAGAAAGUAUUUAUACAAGGCAAACAGCAAUAUUUUCUAGAGAUAGAGAACACCAAUAAUUGGAGACUUUGUAAAGGUCUCAUAUAGGAAGAGUGUUCCACUUGCCCUGUACUUUGUAGCGAUCUGAUUCAAGGGCAUCUUAUAUCUCCUUGGCACAGAUAUGAAAAGAUGGAUCUAUAAAUCCUUGGUCCAACUUAGUGAUAGCUUUAACUAAUUCAAGAGAUUGAGUUUCAGAAAGAUGAAGUACUCAGAAUAUCCCAUGCAAAGCAACAGUGCAUGGUAUCAAUACGACCUUUUUUCCCUAGCAAUAGUUUAUUCCAGUCAAGUGUUAGUGACCUUUUUGCAUCUUCACACUGAGUAGGAAAAAAAGGACUCAGAAUCACUUAUAUCUUCAUUCAAUGUGCAUACCUUAUUUCUUCCCUACUGGGAUGCUUCAGUCAUAAUGUUAGGGACUUUUGCAGAGAUUCUAGCACAUUCUAAACUUAUCUAUGGAUGUAUAUGAUAAUAAAAACAAUAAUAAUAUAAAUUGGAGAGUCGUAGUGUAACCCAAUGGGUCUGCUUUUACUCUUCUAUGCAAUAUUGGAAUGGCACCUAUGCUUCUGAGAGCUCUCUGGUGUUAUAGGUGACGUGGAGGCUGUGAGAUCAGUCAUACAGAGUGGGACAUAGGCUCAAUUCUCUUGCUCUAGCAUUCAUUUGCAGGGUAACCUAGGAAGCCAUUCAACUCCUAUACUAGAAGUAACAAUUCUAGCAUUGAAAGGUCUAGAUACUAGUAUGGUGGACUCCCUUCAAGAGUAUUUGGCAGAUGCUUUGUUUUUGAUGUGCUGGGCUAUGGAACCCUCACUUGAGGCAGGCACUAUAUGCCCUGAUUCUCCAGUAUGAUCCUGAUUUAUAACUCCUAAAAAUUUUCACAGGUAUUGAGGGAGUCAGCGACUGCCAGUUCCUUGAAGGACCAUAUCUAUCAUUUUGUCAUUCAAUGUCCUGCACUGUAUCAAUAAACUAUUUUGAUCUUCUUGGGUAAAGGCACUUCUGUAGAUCACACAGAAUGAUGGAAAGUCAUCCUGGCUAGAUGCAUGUGAGAAGUGGCAGGGUAUAGUGGAUAGAGAUCUGAUGUUGGAACCAAGAAGAUUUGGGUCCAUAUUCUGCCUUUAUGUGUGACCCAGGCCAAGUCACUUGACCUCUCAUCCCUCUAGAACACCUUCUAAGAAUUUAAAUUACAGAGAAGGUACUCACCUGCAUUGGUAAAGGGGGUUUCAUCACCUAGGAGUUCCCUAUACAAAGGCAAUCACAGAUUCAGUCCUGGUCCUUUCUUGUCUACAGACACACCACUUAACUAUUAUAUGACCUGUUUCUCCAUGGAUAAAAAGGGACUGACAUGAACCACCUAUCUCAUAACUUUGCAUAUAAUGCAGCUUUAAAUAUAAGAACCGAGGAGUCACCAGCCCAUGAUGUUUUGCCAUCUGUGGCACAGAUCAUAAAACAAAUAAAAUUAAAUUUUUUACUAUUCAGCUCCUCAUAAACUUUUACUUAUUCCAGGUAUAUAGGCACAUGGAUGACGGUGUGACUAGCAUAAGGUGGUGUAGGGGUAAUAAUAAUAUUAAUCUACUUUGUUCCUAUGAUUUUUGAUUAUGUGAUAAUGUAGUUGAGCUACAUUUGAGAAUCUGAAUGUGAACCAUUUUAGUUUAAUUUUGUUAAAUGCUUUAAAAAUGUUUUCUUCUUCCCCCUUUAGAAAUGUAGGAAUUAAAAAUUCAUUAUUUUUCAUGGUCUAUAUUUUUAUAAUGUGAAGGAAACUAUGGGGGAAAGAUGCAGAAUAUACCUCUUCAAUCAAUGGAAUGAUUAAAAGAUAUACUAUAUAGUCA